AUGCAGAGCCUCGCAGGGCAGAGCGGGAGCGAAUGGUCCCACCGGCCUCCGCCCCGCGGGGAGAGGCCGCAGCUGAGGUGGAGGCGCGGCCGCCACCGUCUAUCCAAGUCAGAGUCAGACCUGAGGGAUGUAGACCCCGACCCGGCUGGGGCCCAGCUAGCCCUGGGCGGCGCUUGGCCUGCGGAUCCCUCCAGGAAACGGGGCUCAGCACGGGACUGCCUGGUGCUGAUGGAUACCAGGGACCGCGAUCCGGAGCCGGGACGAGGCACAGGAGGGGAAGUGGAGCAGCUCCUGGGGUCAGGGCCGGGCGCCGGGACCCUAAAGGCCAGCUGGAGACAGACCACGUGGGGCCUCUGCUCACACCUCUGGUUCUGGAGACGGGUUGCUGGAAUUUUGAUUGCUGUUUCUGCGAUUGUCCUCUUGAUGUGGUUUAGUUUGCGUCCUCCCAGAUUGCCUCACCAGGAGCCAUGCCAUGAUGACUGGCUAUACUACAGAAAGAAAUGUUAUUACCUCUCAGAAGAUCAAGCAGACUGGGACUUCAGUCAGAGCUUCUGCUCUGCACAUGGGGCUUCUCUUGCUGUGAUUGAAAGCCAACAAGAAAUGAAUUUCAUAAUGAAUCGAAUGCGCACAAGAGACUCUUGGAUUGGGCUGCGCAAGAAAGGAGCCAAGUUCUACUGGGUGAAUGGAGAGACACUUAAUACGAGUCUAUUUCCUGUACACCUAUCAGGUCAUGAAGAAUGUGCCCACACAGAUUCAAUCUCCAUUUCUACAUCAGAGUGCAGGUUACUCAGGAACUGGCUCUGCAGUGUGGGUCUGCCUCAGUCCAGCACACUUUCUCCAUAGAACACAGCUUGAUGUGUAAAUCCAUGGACUUUCUUCACAUGUGGAUCCUGUAGUCCACAAUAUCUGAACAUUUUGAAAUUCAGGAUCACAGUAGCAGCAGAGAAAACAGAGCCAUUGUGGGAGGGUUCAUGAAUGCACAUCUUCAGUACCAGCUGGAUACUGAUAAAUAGAGCAAUCAUCCCUACAUGGAGAAGAAUGAUAAUUCCUACGGGAAGCUGGUAGGGUCCGGGGAAAGGGCUGAUAUAGUGAUAGCAAUUGUAGCAGACUUCAGUGAGUGGACAGGACAUUGACCAUAAUGAGACCUAAGAAAUGACUGCAACACAAAUAUUUCCUUGUUUGAGCUUCAGCCCAGCUGAGGAGAAAGAUGAUAACACAGGUAAAGCAAUCACUGAUCCGAGAGGGCUCUAAAGCACUGUCCUAGACCCAGCAAACCAUCUUUUCAUUUGUAAAGAGAAAUCUCACUUAUUGAGGACCUCAGUUCAGCAAUGAGACUGCUGAAGGAAAUGAAGCUGGCCAGACUCCUUGAGGACUCUGACAAGGAGCUCUAAAAAGAAUGACGUAGAAUAAAUGGAUUUCUUGGAUGCGUAAAAUGUCACAAAAUGGUUAUGUAAACUUUCUUACAAAGUUAAUGUACAGUGUCCCUCAUGUUUCUUGCUCUUUCUGUUUUAUCCAGAGUUUUGUAAUUCUGUACCGAAGAAUUUCAGAUUCAGCUUUGUGGGUCCUGGUGUUUCAAAAACGCCUAGGUGCCUAACACCUAUUGGAGUUAGGGACCUAGGCACAUUGAAAACCCCACUACAUGCCUAUCUGCAUCUUUAAAUACCUUUAAAAAUCUGUCCUAUUAGUCUUCUCUUCCCUCUUUCCCCCCCCCCCCCACCUCCAUUUUGUUAUAUCACUUUAAAUAUAGAUCGGAGGCUGUUUGAUGUGGUGACAGUGUCUUCACUUGUUUGUUGAGGUGCCUCAUACAUCAUGAAAAAUAAACGUUAAUUUAAAGUGUUUUUAAAAUGUAAAAGGCAGCAUACCUCAUAAUAAUAAUGAUCAAUGCCUAGGUUUUCUGUUACUUUUCCUCAAUAGAUCUCAAAGUGUGUUACAUCGGUAUCAUUACCCCUAGUUUAGAUCAAGGACAUCAGAAUUUAACGUUUUAAAACAGAACAAGAGUUCUCUACGUUUCUAAAAAGCCUCUGAAAAUGUUUUUCUGAGCAAAUCCUUUAUUGACAGGCUGACAACUCAAGAACGGAUGACAGGUUUCAUUUUCAUAGGCCUUAUCACCAUUUAGGUGAAGGGUACGCUUGAGUCGUUUCAGCCCAAGGGAUAUAUUUACCCCCAGAAAACAAACAUUUGAGAACAAACAUAGCUAAGCACUGCUGUUAUGAUAUUACUGUAGAAUUUGCCAGGAAAACCUUGGCUGAACCAGUUGCUUGUUCUUGUUACACCCUUCAAAUGUAAACAAUUGCUAGUUCAGAAAAAAAACAAAACUGUGCUCUGUCUCUGUCUGAUUUCAGCACUGAAACAGAACAAAGUGUUUGACUUAACCAUGUUAAACUUAUUUAUUAGAAUAUGUGUGUGAGCCAAAUUCUCCUUUUAGUGAAACCAGUGUAAAUUCAGAGUCAUUCCACUGCAUAAGCAGGAAUGGUGUCCCUAGCCUCUGUUUACCAAGAGCUGGGAUUGGGUGACGGCAUGGAUCACUUGAUGAUAACCUGUCUGUUCAUUACCUUUGGGUCACCUGCCAUUGGCCACUGUCAGAGGACAGGAUACUGGGCUUGAUGGACCUUUGGUCUGACCCAGUAUGGUCGUUCUUAUGCUCUUAUGUUCUUAUCCAUCUUAAUAUUGUUUUUAUUUGGAAAUGUCUUUGUUGUUUUAAUUUUUUUUCUUAAUGAUUUAAAAUGUCACAUAAAUAAUAAACCCAAAGAAAAUGU